AUGGCAACCGGGCGGCGCCUGAGCGCGCGGGAAGAAGGCUUAAGUAGAGAGCUCUGGCCUGCUUGCUCUGGGAGACUUGAUGAGUGACCCACCUCAGACUUCCAACCUCAAAAACCACGGCCUCCGCUCUGGGUCUCCGAGACCAUGGGUCGGAUCUCCGGGCUCGUGCCCUCUCGGUUCCUGACGCUCUUGGCUCAUCUGGUGGUUGUCAUCACUUUGUUCUGGUCCCGGGAAAGCAACAUCCAGGCUUGCCUGCCUCUCAAGUUCACCCCCGAGGAAUAUGAGAAGCAGGACAACCAGCUGGUAGCAGCGCUCUGUCUCACCCUGGGCCUCUUUGCAGUGGAGCUGGCUGGCUUCCUCUCAGGAGUCUCCAUGUUCAAUAGCACCCAGAGCCUCCUCUCCAUUGCGGCCCACUGUAGCGCGUCUGUGGCCCUGUCUUUCUUCAUAUUCGAGCGAUGGGAGUGUACCACGUACUGGUACAUUUUUGCCUUCUGCAGCGCCUUCCCAGCGGUCACUGAAACUGCAUUGUUCAUCGCUGUCUUUGGGCUGAAAAAGAAACCCUUCUGAUCACAACCCGGAUGUAGGGACCAAGGUUGGAAAAGUGAAGAGCUGCCUCCCAUUGCCGGAAGAAGAAAGGCAGAGGCUUCAGUUUUCUCUCGCCCUAGUCUUUUGCUCCUCCCAACUGCGGCUAAACAGAGGAUGGGAGUGUUGGGAUAAGAUCUCUCAAAUCUUGGGUUAUAAUUUUAUAGAGUUUUAUAAUAAAAUUCAUUUUAUACUAAAAGCAAGGCUUAUAUAGAAGACCAUUGGUGGCCCAAGAGGCUGGUGUAAGUAAAGGCUUUUUUCUCGCCACAUGUAUGUGAGCUAAUAGGUGAUGCUUCUAUUUGGAUUUUUACGGUACAAGAUAGGCGGAAGCGAGUGGGCGGAGAUAUGUAAAUAAGCACCUCACAUAGGGUUUCUAAUUUGCCGCACGUGAGCGGAGCAUUCUGGGAGGAUUUGGUUUCUCCCUUUUUGCGCCGAAUGGAAAAAUAAAAUAUUUCAAGCG